AGAGAAAGAGAGGAUGGAGAGUGUGAGGAUGUGAGGGAGUUAGAGAGGGACAGAAAAAAAGACAGAGAGGAAGUCUUUGCCUUUUCUGGUAGCUAAAGCUUGGGGACGUACAGACAGGAAUUCUUGCUCCAAUAUAAACCAGACUGUGGAAUUGGUUCAUUCAGGAGGACCGUGCAUGGACUUAAGUAGUUCUGAAGUAAGGUAGGACAGGAGAUGAUUUCUUACAUUCUUUCUGAGACAGGACGGAGCCUAAAUGGGUUUCAAACAAGUCACAGGAAGCUGUUGUGAGGCAUCAUGGAAGAGGACCUUGACCUUGAGCAGCGCCGUGAGCUUCGGAGGCAGAGGAGGGAGGAGAUGCGUCUGGAGGCAGAGAAGUCAGGCCAGGGCGGUGACGAGGAUGAGGAGGCGCGAGAGAGCAGGAGACAGGCCCGUCUGGAGAGACUGCGCAACAAAGACAAUGAGGAAUCCACCGGCUCCGACAUCAACAGUGUGGCUGACGGCAAAGGGACUGACUUGGUCUCCUCUAUCAUGGCCAUUCCGGACGGAGGCAGUGAGGAUGACCAGGCCCUGCUGGACCGCAUUGCCAAGCGAGAGAAGAGGCGGCAGCGGCGGAUGAGGGAUGCCCUGGAGAGGCAGAAGUCGCUGGACCCCGCCGUCGGCGACGGCCUGGACGGCACCAACGGCACGGAGGAGAGGUCGUCCAGCCACAGCGAGCAUCAGCGAGACGGAGCCGUGGAGGAACCCACCCAUAACGAGGUCUCGACCCACGAGACCAGCUCCAGCAGAGAGAAGGAGGAGGAGGAGAAGAAGAAAGAAGAGGAGAGCACCGCUGCAGAAGAAACUAUCAAAGUGGAGGCGGAAUCAGUAGUGGUGGCUGCAGUGAGUGAGACGAAAGCUGAGGAGGAGAAAGCUGAUGCAGAGGAGGAGAAGUCCACACCAGAGCUGACGGAGCCGGAAGAAGAGGCUGUGGUGGAGGACACAGCAAAGUCUGAAGUCAAAGAGGAACCAGCAGAAGUGAAGAAGGAUGAAGUGAAGCCUGUUGUUGAGGUGGCACCACCUGCUCCAGUGAGUGUGGAGGAGCAAGAGAAGCCUAAGGCCAAGGUUGAGGAUAAACCCAAAACAACCCAGAGGGAGCCGGAGAAGAAGGGCGAAAAAGUGGAGGAGAAACCUCAACCGGUCAAGAAAGAGCCAGAGAAGAAGGCCGAAAGAGUGGAGGAGAGACCUCAACCGGUCAAGAAAGAGCCAGAGAAGAAGGCCGAAAGAGUGGAGGAAAAAGUCCCCAAAUGGAAGAAAGAGGAGGAGAAGAAACCUGAAAAGACUGAAGCCCCAGUGGCCAAAUGGAAAAGAGAGGCUGAAGAAAAACAGAAAGCUAAAAAAGAGGUUGAGGAGAAAAAGUUCCCUCCUGCGAAAGUGGAGGAGAAACCAGUCACACUCAAGAAAGUGGAAGAGAAACCAGUCACACUCAAGAAAGUGGAAGAGAAACCAGUCACACUCAAGAAAGUGGAAGAGAAGACCGCGGCCCCAAAGAAGGAGGCCGAGGAUAAACCCAAAUGGAAGAGGGAGGCGGAGGAAAAGGCCUCUAAAUUUAAAAAAGAGGAGACUGUCGAGGAAAAGCGAAAGCCAGCCUUCCUACGGGAACAGAACAUCAAACAACAAAAUGGAAGUCUUCCUGACCCCACAAAGCUGAAGAAACCAGAGAAGACCCCAAGCCGAGGUGUUGGGACCAAGGAGCCGGCGAGUAAAGAGGAGCUGGAGGCCGAACGCAAGCUGAUGGAGCUGAAGAAAAAGCGCAACGAGCAGGAAGGCGAGCAGUUCCAGAAGAUCAAGGCCAAGCAGCACGAGGCCGAAGCCGAGCUGGAGGUGCUGAAGAAGAAGAGGGAGGAGAGGAAGAAGAUCCUGGAGGAAGAGGAGAAGCAGAAGAAACAGGAGCUGGCUGAGAAGAAGGCCAAGGAGGAGGAGGAGAAGAGGAGGAUGAAAGAGGAGAUAGAGAAGAGGAGAGCAGAGGCGGCAGAGAAACGACAGAAGGGAGAUGGUACAGAAGGCGAGGCUAAGGCAGCCUUCAAGUGUGUUGGCUCCAAGGGCCCUGCCUCAAAGAUUGGCGAGAAAGCUCAAUUUUUGAACAAGUCUGCGCAGAAGAGCAGCUCAGUGAGGGCGUCUCAUAAUGUUUCCCCCAUUGUAACCAAGAUAGGCAACAGACUGGAGCAGUUCACAUCCGCAGCUCAGGGCAGCAGAGAGCCCAGAUCUCCCAAGUCCCCUCUGGUGGAUGUGCCAGGAGAGGCCGGCGUGCGGAAUAUCAAGAGCAUGUGGGAGAAGGGCAAUGUGCAGAGCUUUCCAACGAGCCCCGCAGCGGCCCCGCCGAAAGCAGAGUGCAAGGAAACAUCUGGGAUGAAUACAGGCGUGGCUGGUCGCCUCAACAGCUGGAAAAACAAAACCCCAGAGCCUGAUAAGACAGCUCCAGCAAAGCCUGCUGAUCCAAACCCAGCUGACGGCACCAAACCACGCAGUCUGUUGGAAAACAAGAGCGGCCCCACAGGCAGAGUGGCCCUGUCAGGAAAGAAAUAAGCCAUGAGUGACAAGACAGACUUCAAGGGCAGACAAUCAACAAAAACAUCGUCACCAUAACCACCAGAUGUACGCCAACAAAUCACAGAAGGGACUGUGUUUAUUACCCACACUUGAAAAUUAAUAAUGAUGUUCAAACUGCAGCAUGUUGUACUGGUAAUACGAUGGUCAUGGAAAACUGUCUUAAUUACAACCAAAGGAGGGAAAACAUUAUAGGCAUUUUAAUUGGCAUCCAUAUAACACAGUAUAACACAGUAUAACCCACAGGUGUGUUACCUAAUGCAAGAUGUCUGCCAUAUAAAUGUCUGAUUCUAUUCACUGACUCUAAGCUUUCUGGUGCAUGUGACCAUGAACCUCAAGACAGAGGCUGCAUCUUUUCCUCAACUGGCACUGCAUUCCGUUAAAUCUCACAGGAAGCAUCCAUCUUUAUGUGAUCUGUCAGAGCAGAAUGCUUCAUUUCAUUGUUAUACAGCCAUUCAGUAACUCUUACAGUAUUCAAAGUGAUUGCAAACCUUUUCAUAAGUGUAGUGUGUGUGUAACUGUGUAAUUCAGUUCUGCUUUAGAUGUUGAUUACAUGACAAAUACUGCACUUGGCAAGUGGGUCAUUUACUUGAUGCUUUUGAAAAUAAGUGACUGUGUAUAAGUGUAAUCUCUCAAAGAGUUGAGCUCUCAUAGCUUGCUUGCAGCUAGUUUCAUUGUGCCACUGCACACAGAAUAAAUGCUGACUGACUGCAGAAUAAAUAAAGACUGCUGCUGGACAACAA